AUGACCAAAAUUGAUCAUCAUGAACAAACCGUUCCUUGUUUUCAUUUACCUGAUCAUGGAGUAAUCAAAACUGACAGCUUAACUACAAAAUUGAGGAUAGUUUUCGAUGCAUCAAUGAAAACUACUUCUAAUAUUUCUUUGAACGAUACUCUCAAAUGUGAUUCUACAAUAAUAUUGUCAUGGAUCGAUACAGAACUAAGUUCACUAAAAACCUUUGUGGCUCAUAGAGUUACAGAAAUUCAGAGAUACACUGAGUGUUAUCAAUGGAAACAUGUCAAUAGUCAGGAUAAUCCGGCUCGAAGGACCAAUAUGUUCGAAGCUUUGGUGAUGAGUGAAAUGUAUAUAAUUGUGAUUGUUUGCAAAAUCGGCGCCAAAAACGACUCGCUCAGAACCCUAGCCGAGGCCUUCGAACUAACAGUCGCUUUGGGAUACAAGCUCGACAACGUUUUCCAUCGUAUCCGCAUCGACUUCUUCUUCAAUGAUCUGAUUUCCGUCGGAGACCAUCUCAGACUCGCCGAAUUCCUCAUUGAAGAGGGGGCCAAUUGGCACAGUCGAAAUUGCUACAAGACCUACAAGGCUCUUUUUGCUUUGGCCACCAGGGAUUUUACCACGGCUGCUGACCUUAUGGUCGGUUGCAUAUCGACGUUCGUCUGCAUGGAAGUCAUUUCUUAUGAGAAGUUCAUAAGGUAUUGGUAUACUCGCUACUCAAGCUUAGAAAUUGAAAUAGAGAGUUGA